AUGAAGCGGGGCCUCGAUGGCUCCGAACAGGAUCUUGAUGCCAUCCUGAAGUCCCUGACGAAGGCACCGGAUCACCAGUAUGGAAGCUCGGCCCUGCCGAUACUUUCUGUGAUUACUUUGUCUUAUAUCGGAGAAUUUGUCGGCCGUGGAUAUCAGAAAAGCACUUGA